AAAGAGAGACAAUCAGAGUCAGAGAACAAGAAAAUUUUCAGACUCAAAACUAAACAAGAGAUAAACCAAAAAACCAGAAGAAUGAGUUGUGCAGUGGUUUCAGGUUCCGGAACUCGCUUUCAUUUCUGCUCAAAACCCAACAAACCCACCAAAAAUUACCUCAAUGAAAGUGUUUCAACUAUUUCCCUUAUUUCCAAGUUGACAAAUUCCAGGAUUCAAUUCAAAUCUCCAUCUGGGAUUCAGAGAAACCCAGCCAGCCGGGCAAGUUUUAAGGCAUUUUACUCUCCAACGCAAAGAACAGACAGUUUCUAUGAUGUAUUGGGAAUUAAAGAGAGUGGAACUAUAUCUGAUAUAAAGAAAGCUUAUAAACAAAUGGCAAGAAAAUAUCAUCCUGAUGUGUCUCCACCAGACCGUGUCGAUGAAAACACCAGGAGAUUUUUACUGGUUAAGGAGGCUUAUGAAACCCUUUCUGAUCCACUCACCAGAGCUUUGUACGAUCAAGAUUUAGCUAACGGAUCGGGCUUCAAUUUUUCUUCUGGAAGAGGGUAUGACUAUCACCAGAGAUGGGACGAGAGAAGGGAGUGGAAAAUGAGGUGGCAAUCACAACUAAAUGAAUUGAAGCAAAGGAAAAAGUAUUCAGGAGGAAGCAUGUCUUGGGGAGCUCGAAUGCGCAGCCGAAGAUUAAAUCAUUCAGAGUAGGAAUUAAAUAAUUAAUUUGCUGAUUUAUUUAUUUUUGUUUAAAAACAUAUAUAUGUUUAAGUUAAAAAAAAAAAAAACAUUAGCCAGCCACAGAAUGUUUCUGAUGUAUAUACCAAUAUAUCAUAUAUGUUCCUAUUUUCUUCUUAAUAUUAAUUAUAUUUUACUAUUCCAUGCAUGCAAUGCAUUCUAAUUAAUAAGAAUAAAGUGUCGUCUUUAACACCAUAUUUGUUAGGUAUUACAAGGGAU